AUGGGCCUCUCCCCUCUUGCCCUUGCAGUUAUUACCUGGUACAAAGAUAACCGGCCGCUCGCAGGUUCCACCAGUGUGGCUUUCUUGAACAGAGGGCAGAUCAUUGAGAUUGAAAGCGCCCAGAUCGCGGAUGCUGGCAUAUAUAAAUGCGUGGCCAUCAACUCAGCUGGAGCCACAGAAUUAUAUUACAGUCUUCAAGUCCAUGUGCCCCCAUCCAUUUCUGGCAGCAGUAACGUGGUGGCAGUGGUGGUUAAUAACCUGGUGAGGUUAGAAUGUGAAGCCAGAGGCAUCCCUGCCCCAAGUCUGACCUGGUUGAAAGAUGGGAGCCCUGUCUCUGGCUUCGCUAAUGGGAUACAGGUUCUGUCUGGGGGGCGCAUCCUGGCUUUGACCAGUGCCCAAAUCAGUGAUACGGGGAGAUACACCUGCGUGGCCGUGAAUGCUGCUGGGGAGAAGCAAAGGGACAUAGACCUCCGAGUAUAUGUUCCGCCAAAUAUCAUGGGAGAAGAACAGAACGUCUCUGCCCUCAUCGGCCAGGCUGUGGAGCUGCUGUGCCAAAGCGAUGCUAUCCCUGCGCCCACUCUGACUUGGUUAAAAGACGGCCGCCCUUUGCUGAAGAAGCCAGGCCUCAGAAUCUCUGAAAAUGGAAGUGUGUUAAAGAUUGAGGAUGCUCAGGUUCAAGACACUGGACGUUACACUUGUGAGGCAACAAAUGUUGCUGGGAAAACUGAGAAAAAUUAUAAUGUCAACAUUUGGGUACCGCCCAAUAUUUAUGGCUCUAAUGAACUUGCUCAGCUUACAGUCAUUGAAGGGAACCUCAUCAGCCUGUUAUGUGAGUCAAGCGGUAUUCCACCCCCACAUCUCAUUUGGCAGAAGAAAGGCUCACUGGUGCUGGCUGACUCCACAGAGCGGGUCAGAACUUUAUCUGGAGGCAGACAGUUACAGAUUUCAAUGGCUGAAAAAUCUGAUGCAGGGCUCUACACCUGUGUGGCAUCAAAUAUUGCUGGAACUGCACAGAAAGACUAUACUCUGCAAGUUUAUAGUAAGUGA